AUGCUGCUUGAGAAGGGAGCAGACGUCAACGCUGAAGGCGGUGUGUAUGGCAGCGCGCUACAAGCAGCUGCAUUGGAGGACAACGAGGAAGUAGUGAAGAUGCUGCUCAAGAAGGGCGCAGAUGUCAACGCUCAAGGCGGUUUGGUCAACAGUGCGCUGCAAGCAGCUGCAUAUAAGGGCGACAAGGAAAUUGUAGAGAUGCUGCUUGAGAAGGGCGCAGACGUCAACGCUCAAGGCGGUCUGCUCAGCAAUACGCUGCAGGCAGCUGCAUUGGGGAGUGAGGAUGAAGUCGUAAAGAUCCUGCUCGAGAAGGGCGCA